UGUAACUAACCUAACCCAGCCUAAUGUAAUUUAACUCAACCUAUUCAUUCAUAGUUUACAGUGCAAUUAUAAGAAUUUUUGAAAAAUUCUGUAGGAUCAAUAAGGUGCCUUCUUCAGUCACCAUUGCGUGUACCGGCUAUGUACGGCAUUGGCAGCACGCUGUGACGUCAGCUGACGCAUGCGCAUAAAGCUCUUGCGUGAGAUAAAAUCUCACGACUGCCCAACACUUCGUCAUACUGAUGCGCUGUUGUGAGAUUUUUUUAUCAGUAAGAGUUUAUGUGCGCAUAUAUAAGCGAUGCACAGGUAGAAAAACACGUGCUGUUAUGACCGAUACAGUGCAAUAUUAGAUGUGUGCAAGAGGUAUACAUGUUUCCGAAAUGCAAUCAUGAUUUAGUAUUUUAAAUGUGUAAAAACACAAAAUAUGUUCAUAUGUUUUUAUUUGUGUACAUACAAUGUUUUGGAAUACUGGAAUAGAAUUAUAUCUACUCUCUGAUACUGAACUCCCACUACAUAUCUUAUUGACUCAGGAACUAAUGAUAACCUCAUAUUUAAGAAACCUAAAUACAUCAUUGAAACGCUUUUAAUACUUCUUUAUGAUGAUAAUACUUCAUUUGCAUAUGGCAAUAUAGUACAACGAAAGUGGUCUAUUUUUUUAAUAGAAAUAUGAUCUAGUGCUGAAUGUUGUCAUUUGUUUUAGUUUGUAUUCAAGUGAUUUAAAAUGGGUGUUUCAGGGUUAACUAAGUUUAUAAACAAUCGUUCAUGUCGUUUACUACAGUACUAUGAGUUACAUGACACAUAUUUAAUAAUUGAUGGUUACAGUAUUUGUUGUCAAAUAUAUAAAUUAUAUGCAAAGUGUAAUUGUGCCUUUGGUGGUGAUUAUGAUAAAUACUAUCAAUCUGUAUCAGACUUUUUUGAUGACUUAUUAAAAUGUAAUGUAACACCAUUAGUCAUUCUCGAUGGAGCCUAUGAAAGUAAGAAAAUGAACACUAAAAUAAGAAGAGUACAAGAAAGGAUCAAUGCAGCAGCAACUUUCUGCCCUCAAAGUCAACAGAGCAUGACAUUUUUCCCUUUAUUUUUGACAGAAGUUUUUAUAAGUGUUUUAAAACAGAAGAAUAUACGUCAUAUACAAUGUUUAUUUGAAGCUGAUAGUACUAUAGCAUCUAUAGCAAGAAUUUUGAAUUGCCCUGUACUUAGUUAUGAUUCAGACUUUUAUAUAUAUGGAACAUUAUAUAUACCAUUUAAUACAUUAGAUAGUUAUGUGACCAAAAACACAAAUGGGAAAGGAUAUGUGAAAUGCUGUAAAAUUUAUAAAACCGAAUAUUUAUUAAAAUGUUUUAAAGGUUUAACAGAACCUGUGUUACCAUUGGCAGCAAUACUAUUAGGUAAUGAUUAUGUAAAAUUUGGUACAUUUAAAAAUUUUUUCUGCCACAUAAAAGUGCGAGGUACAUCAAAGAAUAAACAAAAUCUCCAACAACGUCGUAUAGAAGAAACCUUUAUUUGGUUGAGUAGAUAUACAUUGGAUAAUGCUAUUGCUGGAAUUUUAAGCAAACUGGCUAAAUCUAUACGACAACAUAUAUUGAAUAUAAUAGAGACCAAUAUAAAUACAUACACCAAUGGAUCUGCUGAAAUGCUUCUUCCAUUAGGUUUUUCAAAAGACUAUGUUACUCAAAUAAAUAUGCGUAAUGUAAAUAAAAUUUAUAAAUUUAAUGGAGAUAUCAACAACUUAACAUUUAUAGAAGAUACUUUUGAUACAAAUGAAAUUUACAUAAGUGAAGAAGAAGAAGAAGAAGAAGAAGAAAGUAAAAUAAUGAAUGUUGUUAAUGAAUCUGAACCAACGCCUACUAAUGCACUUAUUAGUAAUUUACCUACAUGGUUUGUAAGUGAAUAUCUUAUGGCUAAACAGCCACCAUAUUUUUUGGACUUGAUAAAUCAACGUUUAUAUAUUUGUGCUGUACAAUUAGAGGAUUAUAAUUAUCCUCCAAGCAUUACAGUAAGUUUAAAAAUUCUUGGUGUAAUAUUUGGACUUCUCAAAUCAGCAGUAAAGAAGAAAACACAGUAUAUGACCUAUAUAACCAGAAAUUCAAAAGGAAGAAUUGAACGUUAUGAAUUACAAUGUACAGACACUAUAUUUAAUUGUAAAAUUCCAUCAUUGUUUGAUCUCAGAAAAGUUCCAUUAGGUAUAAGAAGAGAGAUUUUUAAUCAUACAUUAGAGGUUUCAAACAUGGACCCUAUAAAUAAUUUUCCAUUGAAAUGGAAAUUAUAUAUAAUUUGUAUUAAAUAUUGGGUAAAACAACAAGAACCAUCUAGGCUAAUUAAUAGUUGUAUAUACUCUAUAAUUGUCUCUAUGUUAUUUCAUAUAAUAGAUUCUAAAAUUGGGAGAUAUAGAAGUUUGUAUAAUUUUCAACAUAAGUGUGGUCAAAAACUGAAGGAGAUACAAGAGAAAAGAAAAGCAGAUGAUUAUAAACCAAAUUAUUCAAUGGAUGUUACAAUUGAUGAAGCUUUUAAUGAAAUUGAUACUGAAGAUUGUAUAUUGGCAGCACAAUUCUUUACUUCUCAUUUUGAAAUGGAUCAAAAAUUGUAUGCAAACCCAAAAAAGUUUAAUAAACUUAUAGUUCAUGCGUUCGCGGAAUUUCAAAAUUGUUUGAAACAUGGUAUAGAAUUGAAUGCACUUCUAGGCAGGCCCUACUCACAUAUUGAAAUUGCUAAUUUCUAUAAUGGUACAUUAUUAUACAAUUUAUGUAACAAUUUUCAAACACGCGAUGACGUGGAAAGAUAUAUAAAUACUGUACUUGAAAAAUCCUCAAGUGUGUUAAGAUUUCUUAAUGUAUUUUUGUUGAAAAUAAAACUCUUGUUUUCAAUAGUUCAAGAAGGAAUUAAGUUUCGUAAAAAGCACAAAAAGCGUAAAUGUUCCAAACCUAAAACCACAGAUAAUGAUGACUUAGAAUAUUUUAGUGCUGAAGAGAAUUUGGAUGAACCAAAUUUUAUUGAUCCAAAUAAUCCAUUUUCUGCACUUAAUUUAACAUAACAUUUAUAUAGAUUUUAUAUUUUAUAUGCACAAAUAUCUUGUUUAAAUAUACAUAUGUACAGAC